AUGAUCUUGGGAGUAUUCGUGGAGGGUUUAAAUAGCGAGGUACGACGUGUGGUGAAGGCUAGGAAGGGAGUAAAUACCCUGACGGUGGUAUUGGAUAUGUUGAAGGACAUAGGAGAGGAAGGUGACCGGAAAAGAGUAAGGAAGGUGAGGAAGGAACUAGAGGAAGAAGAAGCAAACAGCAGCGGUUCUGAGGAGAGCUUUGCGACGGUAGUAGGCAAUAGCAGCGAGCGAAGAGGAAUUCGGCGGAUCGAAGGUGAGAAGAAGGAAGGAUUUGUAAAGAUGAACCGCGCAGAUGCUAUAGUAGCGGGCGGGAGUAAAUGGCAUGAUAGGGCGAAUCCGGCUGGAGAAGUGCAAGGAGAGCGGCAGAGAUCACUGCGCAGAGUACCGUACACCCCAUGUAGGAGGUGUGGACAGGUUGGUCACUGGACACGGGAGUGCACGAUACAUCUGGGCAACCAGAAGAGUGGAGAGUCACGUUGGAAACCGGAAGAAGGAACACGGGUGGGGAAAAGGGCGAGCAACGAAGAAUGCUUUCAGUGUGGGCGACCGGGGCACUUUAUAAACACAUGUCCACAGACCAUAUGCGAUAAUUGUGGAUAUGGCGGUCACGUGUGGAGACAGUGCCAAAAUACUGGAACAUCCGCGAGGAGGAGCCCAUUUUCGCGGCGACAACGGCCAUGGGAAUCAGAUAAGUCAGACAGGGGGGUGGAAGAUUAUGCGAGCCUAGCCGGAAGACGGGCUGAAAGCCGUAGCGUUUCCCCAAACUAG